GACCACAAGGUUUGGUGAGGUAAUGCGCAGGCGAAAAGCUGGGUGCCCGGCGCAGUAGGAAGUGAUGAGGGGAAGUUUCUGUCUCCUUAAAUUAUCCGCGGAACGGUGGGUGUUUUUCCGUCCGUACCUCUCUCGAAAUCGUCGCGUUAGUGUCCGUUAGUGGCCGUCCGGGCGGCAUGUCGCUGAAGGGAUCGGGUUCAUCGGCCGUAAUGUCGUAAAGAAGGCCCAAGCGCCUGCCUUUCCUCUCCAGGGGCGAAGGGAAGCCCGUCGUUUGUUUCGGUGCCUGCGCACAACCUCUGACUCUAACCCUGAAUACAAUUAAAACUCAACCAGCAUCUGCGUUCUGCCCACUCUCCCAGCAAACAGGAUGAUGACUUGAUUGCGCUCGUGUUAUUUUGUUGCAUGUGCUGACGUCACAACUCUGCGUGUACAACAAACCGAUAUGCUACAGAGACCAGCUGUAACUGCCGCAUUUAUUUCUUUUCUUUUUAAACCGCAUUCCUGAUGGCAAGCUGAAGUGUAUGGAGCAACAGGAGCAGAGAGGGAGUGUGACUGGAAGGGGACUGCUUUAGAACUGCAGUUAAGAAACAUGGGCCAGUGUGUCACCAAGUGCAAAAAUCCCCCUUCCUCUCUGGGCAGUAAAACUGGAGAUAAAGAAUCCGGUAGCAAAUCGCACGUUAAGAAAACUGCCAGCCCUGGUGAAGAAUUUAGCUCAAUGUGUGCAAAGGCUUCUGGCGAUAUACUUGCCAAUGGAACAAAGAAAACUGAUGUAGUGGAAUCGACCCAGCCCCAACUUGCUCACUCUGGCGACAGUAAAAAAGAAGAAUCCUUUUCAUAUCGUGAGGAGUUCUCACUUAAGAGAGCUGAAGAAUUGUUUAGCAGGUAUAAAGACGCACAUGAGGAUGCCAUCUUAGAGGAGGGUAUGGAGUGGUUUUGCAAUGACCUUUCUGUGGAUCCUACUGAGUUCAUAGUGUUGUUAUUAGCAUGGAAAUUUCAAGCAGCUACUAUGUGCAAGUUUACCAGGAAAGAAUUUGUGGAGGGAUGCAAGGCAUUAAACGCUGACAGUAUUGAUGGAAUCCGUGCCAGGUUCCCAAGCCUUAUGAAUGAAGCCAAAGUUGAGGACAAGUUCAAAGAUUUGUAUCGAUUUACGUUUCAGUUUGGGCUAGACUCUGAGGAAGGCCAGCGAUCGCUGCGGAGGGAAAUAGCUGUUGCUCUUUGGAAACUGGUGUUCACACAGAACGUACCUUUCAUAUUGGACCAGUGGCUGAGCUUCUUAACUGAGAACCCGCCUGGAAUAAAGGGAAUCUCUCGAGAUACGUGGAACAUGUUCUUAAAUUUUAUUCAGGUGAUAGGUCCCGAUCUAACAAACUACAGCGAGGACGAGGCUUGGCCAAGCCUGUUUGACACAUUUGUAGAGUGGGAAAUGGAAAGAAGAAGAAAAGAGGGCCUGGCCGAAGAAGCAUUGCAUUUAGUUACAGAGGCUGCAAAUGUGGAAAUGUUAGGACAAAUUGCUACAGACUACCAAGUAACAGAUAAUGAGUAGUGAGCAAUAACGGAAAAUGACAGCAUAUGUAGUUUACUGCUCCUCACCACCCUCAAUUGCCUUGUUGCUAAAAGGGCUCCAAGAUGCUGUAAUAAUUUAUAGGCACUUUUUAAGCAAUUGGGUAAUACUUUUUUAAAAAUGCUUGUUCACAAAAGUAUGCAGUAAUUCACUAGUUGCCCUAAUAAAAGCAGCAUCCAUUUCAGCCUUUGAAUACUACUAGUGUGAAGUAAUCUGACAUCGUUAUUGCAGAGUUCUGUCUUUGCUUUUUUAAUUGUGGUGUUAUGGAAUUCCUUGGGUUAAGAAGUUGAAUAGUGCCAGAGCCCACUUUCAGCAAAUUGAACGAUUUAAGAGGCUGCUCUGUGUGAUGCUGCUCAUAGCAGUGGAAAUAGUAUAAAAUGAAAGACAGUAUUAAACAUUUACCAGUUUACUGAUCAAAGAAUUGGAGAAGUGUUGCGAUAUUCAAAGUGCAAGACUCCUGCAGUUGUUCAAGCAGCCACACGGUCUUUCAGUAUAUCUAACUGGUAGUUGUGUUAGCACUGUACUCUUGUAUGCUGUACACUGCAAGGUUCCAGGGUUUGCAGUACAUGUACACACAUUUCACGUGUGGUCUCAUCUCUGUAAAGUUUGUUUCCUUGUGUACACCUAAUAAACAUAUGGGUUCUUUUGAAUUCCCCUUGAUAAAAUCGCCGGUGAUCUGGAAUCUCUAUCUAAAAACAUUGAUGUCUUUCAGCUUAUUAGGUUUACAAUCCGUCGUUACAAUUUAGAUAGCGCUACUGGUGCACGUGUCAUGAUCAUAUUCACCAAAACCAGUUCACUUUGGGGCACAAAAAUGUGCAUUUAUGUAGAUUGCACCUGCAGGUACCGUAAAAGCCCCAUUGAUGAUUUUGCCUCAAUUACUAGAGUUCAAAGACCUACCUUUUAGAUCAAAUCAAAUCUAUGGCUGCCUUAGCAUCUCACGGGAGGGAACACCAGGACAUGUCAAGGUGGCUUGCUCACAAAGCUCAUUGCACUAUUUUCAGAGUCUUGGCACAGAUUUAACACCAAGAGUAUUCAAGAAGCAAUAGGCAGCAGGGCAUAAAGGAAUGGGAUCAGUCCUGCAAAUACUGUUGCCUUAACUAAAAUCAACUGAAAUGUGAUUUAUUUUUUUCUUGAAUUUAUUACUGAACUACAGCUUUUUAUUAAUCUGAGGUUCGGCCUUUUUUUUCCUCUGGUGUCCAUUCGAGGUUUUGUGAAAAUUCAAAAAUGUCCAUUUUACUGUAUUUUUGUUAAAGAAAUUUAUAGUUAAGUGAUACGUGGAAAGUGUGCUUCUGCCCUACAUGUCAUAUUGCAUUCUGCAACCUUUUGGUGUGUCACAUCAGUUGUGUAUCUCACUGAUUUUUACAAAUGCAUCAGAUGAAUGAUUUCCAGUUUCAAACAGGGAAAAAAAAUUGACACUUUUUUCUAAUGUUUUAAUUUUCCUCUCCUUCGAAGUUACUCUAGGACUUUGGACCUUGUCUGUACUGUCCUUUUGGAUUGCAAGUUCUUCCUUCCUUGGAAUUUUACACAGAACCGACAACCCUGAAUUUUCUGUAGCAGGAUUACAAAUUUAAUUCUUAAAACUCUGAUAUAUAAUCUGUGCAUUUAGCUUGUGCUACAUGUAUAUUUUAUAGAAUAAGUUUUGGUGCUUUCACUUCUGGGCUGCAAUUCUGUGGUCUGUGGGGUUGUUGUGAGUCUUGUUGGUUUGUUUAGUUGUGUUACCAUACUUAAGAUGCUUUCUUUUCUCUUUCUGAAAUUUACUGCCUCAUCUUUACAUCCACUUGUAGGUAACUUACUGAAAUGAACAAUGUUUUGCUAAUAGUGUUUCUACCAAUACACUGUCUUGUUACCAUCAAUUGUACAUUUUAUGUAUUCAGAUAUUGUAUAAAUAAUGGAUUUAUUUAAAGUUGAAAUGCUUUGUAUGUUUUACGUACUGAUUAUUUUCCAAUUAAAAGGGUCAAUUGCAUUCUUAGCAA